CCACUUCUCCCUCAGGGAUUCUAUUCAUCCAUGCCUCCCAAAAGAGUCGCGCGCUUGAGCACAGGCACCCAGAAGCUUACAAAAUCCUGUUCACGAUGUAGAGCUUCCAAGCUCAAGUGUGAUCGCAAGGAGCCAUGUAUAGAAUGUCUCAAGCGCGACAUCGGCCAUCUUUGCACCAAGGAUGAGCGCCAGCCCAGGGCAAAAAGGGCCAAGGUCACUCCCAGUGUCGAUGGCAGUGACUCACAAGUCCAAAUCGCCGAUCCUGGUGUAAAUCGCAGCACAUCACAGCCGAAAGAUUCAGAGGCCGAAGAGACGGUACAAAUCCUAGAGAAUUACGUCGACGACGCCUCUCUCGAGCGAACAUCAUGCGUGGUCGCACCGGACCUUCCCAACCCCUACUGGUCGAACCCUCGACAAGUGGACCAGGUUUCCUUGUUGCGGGAAAUAAUCGACUCCGUCCCGGAAAUUGACAUUAUUUUCUUGCUUCACGAUGUGUUUCUCACUCGCUGCCAAGCACCUCUUGGGAAUGUGGUCCAUACACCGACCUUUGCGAAACAGGUGGAAAGGUUCUGCGACUGCCUUCGUCUUCCGUUGGAGGAGAGGGUCAUGGCGUUGCUCGACAAGAUGUCUAUGGAGAUGAUUUCGUGUCACCUCAUGGCGCUUGUGUUAGGCCUCGCCUUUCAUCCGGCGCCCACUAUACUUGGCUGGUCAGCAACCCCGCUUACUCUUCGGGUGGAGGAGCUUCGAGGAUCAGAUGUGCACGCUAAGGCGUGGAGAUCGCUUGCUCUGCGGUGUCUUCAAGGGCAUGUAUCGCUAUUUUGCGGGUCGGUCGCCGGCCUACAAGCAGCCGUCAUGCUGCUGCUCGAUGGCCAUGGGGAUCCAUCCACGCUGGAUGUAAUUCUAGCUACUGCAAUUGCGGGGGCUCGUAGACUUGGUUUACACUUGCUCGGAGAUGCCAAGCUAGCCGCUGCGUCUAUUAUUGGCCCCGAGUCGACGGAGCCACAUAUACGAACGGAAAUUGGCAUUCGCAUAUGGUGGGCACUCGUCAUGCGAGACUGGUGCCGCGGACAGUCAUUGGGCUACUAUAGUAUUCAUCCGGCACAAUUCAACACUCGGAUGCCACUGCACAUCAAUGACGACGAUCUCCGCCUACCGACGGAGAAAGUUGAUGCGUAUGGGCAUAUAACCGAGCGACCUCGAUCCGAGUUUACAAUGCUUUCCUACACCCUGUACGCGCUGGAACUGGCGGUUCUUGUGCGCGAGUCCAUCGACAUUCGGGGACCUGUUCGACAAUCAAAUCCAGACCAGAUGCACAAGCAUCUCAACAAACGAUACGAAGAACUCGUGGUGGGUCUACCAUCUCACUUCCGACUGGGAAGCAGUAUUGGACUGAAUGCCACCGGUCCUCUGGCAGCCAUCCCAGUACAUCGGUGGAUAUUGCAUCAGCAGCUCUGGAGUCUAUUCCUGCGACUACAUCGAGGAAGUUUGUCCACGCUGGGCGGUCGCAUGUCCUGCCAACUACUGGCGCAGAAUAUCAUCAGCACUCAUGCGCAGAUCAAAUCCCGCUGUACUUUGUGUCGCUCUCUGACUACAGGGGAAACCCAACUUUUCAAUGCGGCCGCAGUGCUGGUCAUGGGGUUGUUGUUCUCGCCGAGUGAUGGGGAUUGCUCGGGCUCCCAGUUGGCUCGGAUGAUGUCGCGAGACAAGGUGCGAGAAGCUAUAGAGCUGUUACAGACGAGUGAGGUAGACAGUGAGUCGCCCUCUUUGACGCCCAUGGCAUGGAAGACUGCCCAGAGAAGUAUCCACGCCUUAGAAGCCUUGAUGAAGCUAGAGGAGGAGGUUUCUGGGGACGAAGAUCCAAACGCAGAUGAAAGUAUGUUCAGGAAUGGUGCCAGCGUAUCGCUCAAAAGCAAAGUGAUGAAUGUCUUGAAGUCACUUCACAAUCCCGCUACAGAACCAGAAAACACAAACAUCGAACCAUUUUCAUUUGACAUGACCACGCCAUUCCCCAUGGACAACACGGGAUUCCAUGAAACUGAUGUUCUCCCGGGCCUCUCCAAUGAUCCAAGCUGCAGCUUCUGGCAAUUCUUGGAUUUCGACUUCUUCCCUGGGCUAACUGGAAAAGACAUACCCCCUCUGGUUACAGACCAGCAGGGUUUUGGCGGGUGGAUGCCUUUUUCUCCUUCUUCUGGUCUGGCUCAGUCGUCUACUACUGGGACCCCGGGAUUUCUGGAUACAGAGCAGUCUGAUCUCCAGAUCUGACCUGUAAAUCCCUCCUUAAUGCACACAGUUCUACCUCUAAUUAACCACUUGCUUUCCGAAAUCCAUUUUACAUAUCAUUCUAUCUCAACCGC